AUGAAGAUCUUCGCUCUCGCCAUCACUGCGCUAGCCACCGUAGCAAGCGUCGCAUCCGCUGAAGACUACCAGCCGGCUCUCCGGAGCACUUGCCGCACAGGAGACCAACUGCACCCCAUUGCCGACACACUUGCUUCCGACCCGACCAAGCAACAACUCCUCUCUCUCCUAUGGAGGCUGCUCACCGCAGCUGCCAACACGGAGCAUGAUGUCGACGAUGACAGCAAGAAGAACAAGGCGACUGCAAUGGCCAAUCAAAUGGAAAUCGGCAUGCUCAUUCAGCCUUCGCUUUGCUUCUCCAACGCUCUGGGUUCGUCCAAUGUUGUUCUGGUCGCCACAUUGGUUCAACAUAUAUCGCGUCAAUGA